CAAUGAGUUUCAUGUACUUUGUAAUGUUAUUAAAUUGAUAUCAACUUUGUGAAAUUAAUUUUUAUUUCUUAAUAAAACAACAAUGAUUCGUGAAAAUUUCUUUUUAAUCCUUGGUUUAAUAUUUAUAAACGUAAAUUUAAGUGAACAAUGGAAGAUAAAUAAUCAGCUAAUGUUAGAGACGUGUUUGGAAAUAGAUCGAGGUAACAACUCGAUUCACAUGGAAGUUUAUAAAGAAAUCGUAAAGAUGGUAUACAUUGUAUGUAAUUCAAAACACUUAAACAGGCUAAAUUCGAAUGAAAAAGAUAUGUGUAAAGAAGUGGAAGGAUUAGAACCAGAGGAUACGACGGACUAUAUGUCGGGUAAUAAUAAAAAGUUUAUGAAUCUGUGUAAAGAUGUAGCAUGUGCUUUGUUUGGAAAGAAUCAAAUUUAUUCAUCAUGUAAUAAUAAAUGUCAAAGAUUAUGCACUAAGCAUGAAAACACAUCGAAUUGUAAAAUAACUUGUGAUCAUGGAUGCGGAUGUCGAGAAAAUGAUUGUUGGGAUGAACAAAUAAAUGAGUGCAGACAAAAUUAAAACAAAGUAGUACGAAAUAAAAAUACUUUAUUAAAGACUUUAUUACGUUGUAACGAACUAAAAGUAUAAGCAUGGCACAACCUGUAAAUAAUAAUAUUU